AUGUCGGGGCCACAAGACUCCUCCAACCCGGACGUGCAGUCGCAUCGGGCGUGCACACACUGUCACUCGCAGAAAGUCCGCUGUAUACCGGAUGAAUCCAACCCAGAUGCCUGCCAGAGAUGUGUCCGUCUUGGAAGGUCGUGUGUCUUCAGCGCGCUGCAGAAGAGAAAGCAGCGCAAGCGCACUGACACUCGGGUGGCCGAGCUCGAGAGGGAGAUGCGUUCAAUGCGCGCCAUGCUGAAGGUCAAAGGCGGCGCUUCUGCUUCGGAGCGUUCCUCUGAGCAGAAUAAAGCUCCCGAAGCUCCACCAACGGCAUCCCGCAUCCCGCAGGCUGGAACGACGGACGGAAUCAAUGUCAGCGCCCCGAUUUCGAACACUGCUGGCUCAAUGUCCUCGUGCUCCUUGACUUCACGCCAACCGUUCACGGUAGAGCGGCAGAAAUCAGACGGUGAUCGUGACAUCAUUGAUCGUGGCCUUAUUUCUAUCGCCACGGCAAAACUCUUGCUUGAAACAUAUCGAAGAGAUUUGUAUCCCCUGUUCCCUAUGGUGGCAGUUCCGCAAUACGUCACCGUGGAACAGAUGCGACAGUCGCGACCGACCUUGUUUCUGACUAUUGUCGCCGCGGCGGCGAUGAAAGAUCAUUCCCACCUCUCCGCCGCUCUGGACAAAGAAAUCCUACAAAACUACGCCACGAGAAGUCUCGUGCAGAGUGAAAAGUCGCUCCAAUUGGUGCAAUCGUUCCUACUCUCGGCGGUUUGGUAUCACCCUCCCAAGAAAUUCGAGCAGCUGAAGUACUACGAAUACAUUCACAUGGCCGCUACAAUGGCCAUGGACAUGGGCAUUGGCACUCGCCCCGUACCACAUCGGAGCCAAUUUGGGCCAGGUAAUGGUCGAGAUGUCCAUCACCUCGAGGAUGCCAGGAACCCCGAUCUCAGCAUGUCGAAUCGAUCAGGCGAUUUCGAUAUCGAUACCGGCAGUCUGGAAAGCCGGCGGACCUUUGUAUCUUGCUAUUGCUUAUGUACUGGCGUGUCCAUCAAUACCCGCAGGCCCAACAUGCUUCGAAAAACAUUCUACCUGAAAGAGUGCGUCGACUACAUCGAGCAAUGCCCAGACGCAGAGCCUGCGGACCGGAGGUUGGUAGCAUGGGCACGACUCCUCAUGAUCUCCGACGAGAUUGCCAUCUCCUUCUCAUAUGACGACCCCGGCGGUAUCGCAUCCAUCAGCGAGUUGAAGACGCAGAUGAUGCUCAAAGACUUCGGCAAGCGACUCGAGACUUGGCACCGAGAGGUCCCGGAAAACGACAUGAGCCAGACUCUGCUGAUGAUCUACUGGUCAAUGCGAUUGUACUUGCAUGAGGUUGCGCUGCAUGUGGACCACUCGCCCGACGAUUUCAAUGCGCCCUUCCAAAUGGGCACCAUCCAUCGGUGGCAGGGCGAGCCUGUGCCCACCGGAGUCCUCGCUGAAGCCGUGGCGGAGUGCAUAACUUGCUGUCACAACGUCCUCACUACCUUCAUCGAUAUGGAUGCCGAAGCACUGCGAGCGUUGCCAAUCCUCGGCUACGUGAGAAUCUCUUUUGCGGCCUUUGUGCUCGCAAAGCUGUGUCUUUCCGCCAGCCAUCCCGAAAGCCAGAUUGCCAGAGUGCUGGAUUGCGAUGCUUUGCAAGCACAGAGUAUCCUGGAUCGGACAAUCUGGCACGUCAAGGCAGCAGUCGGGACGACUGGCUGCAAAAUACCGAGUAUAUUCCUGGCCCUAUUGUUCAAAUUGCGACAAUGGUGUCUGAACCCGAUGAUGAUCGAAGAGUCGAAGGAAAACAUACUUGAGCCGGAAAUACGUGACCGGGUAGUUGAAGAUGACGAGGUCAGCCUCAUGCGAGGCAAAUCGCAACGUACCAAUUCCGCGAACAGCGCCUCGCAAUCGACCCCGGGCAGUAAUACCAGCACCCAUGCAGGCUCAGGAGAGUCCGAGCCAUCCUACGAUGAAACCCGGAGGGAGAGCGUGGCCAACACUCAUUACAUGCCACCCACCACCCUCAACCCGGAAAACCAGGUCACAAGUCUCCUCGACCCCGCAGACCAAAUGGAGCUCGACCAGAAUUUCUUCCAACUUUUCCAAGACAUGGCAGGGUUCGACGAUGUCAACGCCGCAGGUUACGAAUCAUGGGCACCGUCUGGCUUGUUUGGCGGGCGGAAUGACUUCUACUUCCCGCCUCCGCUCGGAAAUGGACAAGCACCCGUGCCUUGA